GGUGCCGACUGCUUGACGGAUCUAGGACCUGAUAUAACCCAUAAAAGGCCAACGACCAAUUGAAGAUGUGCUUCGCUCGGUCGAGCUCACCGCGCGGAGACAACUAUCUGCGUGCAGCAAGUUCCGGCGAAUGUCGAUGCAUCGUACGCGAGUCUGUCGGGUUCUAUCGCGCACUGGUCGUGGGUAGUAUCUAUGAGUUCUCCACUCCCACGGACUUGACUUCAAUUUACACCUUCGCGCCUGCAUUGCGGAAGUGCAUCGAUCGUCACCCUCUUCUCAGCGCGAGCAUUGCAGGCUCUGAUACGAAAUCACCUUUCUACCAAUUCUGUCCGCGCCUUGAUUUGAAUCAGCAUGUGCAAUUCUUUCGGCAAGGGGUGGAGAGCGAGACCCAGGCCAUUCAGCUGCUACUGCCUAGCAUACUCGACACGAAAUGGCCACCUUCAAUACCACCCUGGAGGAUCAUCAUCCUGCCCUUAUCCGAGACGCGAUGCUUUAUCGGAUUCUGCUUCUCUCACGCGCUAGGAGACGGCAUGUCAGCAAUCGCUUUUCACAGGACCUUUCUCGAUGCGCUUCAGGACAAUGUCGGCCAGCAAAGUGGCAAGCAAAACCUCGUGCAUUCUCAGGGGUUUAGGCCUCUGAGUCCGCCGUUCGACACGAAGGCGAAUCUACCGAUUUCAUGGACUUUCCUCCUCUCACCACUUCUCGGACUAUACCUGCCAGCUUCCUUCGGCUUUGGACUAAAUACUAUCACGCCUACGACAUGGACAGGGUCCACUACAUUCUACCAUCCCGAGAAGUAUCAAGUUGGAGUCGAAAUUUGCUCGAUCGACGCUACUACCGUCAGAAAGGUCCUCAAGGAGUGCCGAGCACAAGGGUCAAAAAUAACAGGACUGAUUCAUCAGCUCAUUGUCUCGGCGUUGUCGGAACUGUUGCCGGAAGGAUAUGACAACUUUGCCGCUCAGACGGCCAUCAAUAUGCGCAACGCGGUUGGCGUGUCUAAUGAGGAGAUGGGCCUGUAUGUUGCUGGGGAUGUCGAGAUCCUGAAUAGGGCUUCUCCGCAGACGAUGACGACUCCCUUAUGGGCAAGGGCGAAAUCCAUGACAGAUAAGCUUGCGGCAGCGGCGAGCAGGACGCAAGAUCAGUCAGUCGGACUCUUGAGAUAUCUGAGUGACAUACGAGCGUGGACAUUAUCCAAACUGCACCAGCGUCGGGGUGGUUCAUACGAAGUCAGUAAUCUCGGCAACUUCCAGCCUGCUGGUAACUGCGAGCACGUUUCGGUCACCGAUUUGGUCUUCGCUCAGUCGACGGACGUCAAUGGUCCGGCUUUGAAUUUCAAUGUCGUGAGCGCCUCCGACGGGCCGAUGACCGUUACUAUUACAUGGCAAAUUGGAGCGUUGGAUUUGGGAGUCCAAAGUGAAUCCGAAUUCGUCAAAGCAGUGUGUCAGAAGUUGGAAGAUAGUCUCACACGGAUAUCAGAUAUGGAUGUGCCCUAGGAUCUGGCCCUACAUACGGUCUAAAAUAGUGUUGAUAUUGACAUGCGGAAAAGGCUUGUAUGGUCGUUCGACUAUUAAGGGGAGAUGUGGAAACUGGUUGAUAUUAAUAAUAAAU